AUGGCAUCUGUAGAGGAACGGCUCAAUAAGCUCAGGGAGGAACGUAUAGCUAGAGAGAAAGCUAGGAUUGAAAAGUUACGGGAGUUAAAUUUAAAAAAAUAUGGAAAAACCGAUAUCCAUCAACCGAAAUCAGCUUCAACUGUAUCUCUACCAGCUAAAUCUAAAUCUGACCCAAGUGGUAUUGUUAAAGGUACUGCUAAUCCUGCCAAAAAUAACUUACAAGGAACACUCAACACUACAAAAAGGCAGAGUAUACCAGUAUUAAAGAAGACAACGUCUAAAGUUAGUAACAAUGCUAAGAAUGUUACCGGUCACAUUCAUAAAGUAAGUAAUGUCAAUAAUAUAAAGAAAGACAAGCCAGCUGUGUCUAAGUUUGAUAGCAAACUUCCUAAAGCUAAAAAUGAACCAAAUAAUGCUGGAAAUAAUAAGCCGUUGAAAGAGAUCACUUCAGAAGUUAACAUUAAAAGUAUCAACAGAGAUAUUAUUAAUAAUCCUCAGAUAACAAUCACGGAACCAGCUAAAGAUGCUAAGAAAGCUAUAAACAAUAAAUUCAAUAAUAAACCUGAUUUAAAAUCACGUAGAAGUAUAGCUGUUAUGUCGAAAACUGAGAAUAGGCCAAAGAGUUUCAAUAGCAGGAAAAGUAUACAGCCUCAGAAGUCAGCUGACAAGGAAUCUGUUUUUGAUCGACUCUACAAACCAAAAGUUGUUCAAAAAGAGAGUAUCGACAACGUCCUGAAGCUCAAAACUGAUCCCAGUUAUUUGAAGAAGGUUAUAAAUGAGUCUCGGUUGAUCAUGAACAAGAGAAACACAGUGUUCGAGAGUAGACCAAAUAUACCGGUACGUCGAUCUAUCUCAGCGGUACAUUUUAAAAGAAUAAGUAAAAAGGAACUCGGUAAUUGCUUUCACAAAUGGGCUUCUAUCGGUGAGAAGAUUGACAAGGUACAUCUGAAAGAUGUCAAUGAAGAUGACUGUGUUAGAGAAGAAAAAGUGGUUUCUGCUGUGAAGAGUGAACGGAAAAAGGUUAAGUUUCAAACGCCGGUUCCUUUCAACUUUAAUACGCCCAAACCAGAGGAAUUACAGGCUAGAUUACUCAGUUGGUUGAAGAAACGGGGAAAGUCGGUAGAUUCAUACCACCAUUUACAGUGUUUCGGGUUACACAACUUCUCUAGAGAUAUCAGACCAUUGAACAUAGACACACAAGAGUUUGACGAUGAAAAUAAAGAAAAUAUAGCCUUAGAACACGACAGUGACAAUGAUUCCUACUUGGAAAACAUGAAUAAUAAAGUCGGUGAUUUAAACGAUGUGAAUAAAUUAGAAUUUCCAAAAGAUAAAUGGCGUCGAGUUAGCUCUAUAAGUGAUAGUGUUGAUUACAAUGACAGCUAUGAGACUACGUUGACGUCUGGAGAAGGGGUGCAUCAUGUCGAUGAUCUGUUGCUUGGAGCUUUGAACGAUUUGACUGAGUUAUUGCGAGAGGGUUUCGAUUGGGAGCAAUGUGCUCGUUGGCUACGAGCUAUCCGAGACCGUUUUCCCUCGGCCCCGGACAGCGCCCCCUACUGGGAGUGUCGAGCUGCCUUAGAGGAGCGCCGCGGCGAUCUGCCUGCCUCUGUCCAGUGUUGGGAGCAGGCCAUCGCUAAGGGGACCGAGAAAUCAGUAGUGGAAGCAAACUUAGACCAACUUUUGGAUAAAUUCAUGCAGCUCAAAAUCAGUCCGAGCUCUGGUAAACAUCAAGUCGACCCCAAGUUGGUGGACGUUAAGAAUGUCUUCAAGAGCACCAUUAUACGCUUCGCCGUCCAGCAAGCUAAGUUACGUCAAGCAACCGAUGCACCAAAAUACACAGUAACUCCAGUGAGACGUUCUUCAAGAUUAAGUUCCCACUUCCGUACUCAGACACCGUUGAAAUUAUGUUCAAGUAUACAGCAAGCGUCCGAGCUAGGAGCUGAGUUUAAACCUAAUAAAGCCUUGGUAAAUAGCCCUUAG